ACAGCCACAGCACAGCCCCACAGCAACAAGCCAUGCCUGAGGAGUGGGUGCCUCUAACCCCGCACAGUACAGUUCAAUCCAUUCCUGCCCCGGUGCGUAACUUGUCCUUUUUUCCCCACUUCUUUUUUUCCAAAAAAGCCCUCCACCUCUCUGGAUGCUGCUCUGCUUAACGCAGCGUGGACUUCAUAUGUUUUAUUUCAGAAAGAUCUCUUCUCCAAAAGGUCUUAAGAGUUCGUAACAAGUCUUGCAGCAUGUCUCACAAGCUUACCAAUGAGGAGAUAGAUGAGCAGUUUGAACAGUUCUUGAAAGAGUCUAUUUCAGAUGAGUCUGUUGAUUUAGGGAGUUCGACGAAAUCUAGUGUUCUGAGUUGUCUUGGGCAGCCUAAGAAGAAGAAGGAAAUCAAAAAGGAUGCAAAUCUAUGGUGGAUCAGUGAUGGCGAUGAAGGGCAGCCCCAGCCCCGGAAAUUCUCCAAAUUGAAAAAGCAGGCAGCAGUUGUUGAUCCUGGGAUUGAAACAACGAGGGAAGAAAUUGUUGAAGAGAGUGAUGGGAAUUUAUUGUCUGAAAAUCCUGGGUCACAGGAGGGUUUGCUGGAAUCCAAUAGGAGCUUUCUCAAAUCCAGUAAGACCUCCCAACCUAUUGCAGAGGUUGAAGAAGAACACGAGAAGAUAACUCUGGAUAAGGAAGGCAAGAGGACAUCUGUGUCCAUCAGCAAAGACAGUCUUGAGCCGAAUGAGUCUAUUGUGGCAUCAGGACCUGAGCAAAAUACUCAUGGACUUGGGCUGGAUACAUUGGAAGAACAAGAGCAGAAAGAACAGUUCUUUGCUAAUCUUGAGAGGGGAGUUUCUUCCACUAUUGACUACUCGAGGCUUAAUCAAGAACUUGAACAAACCAAUACAACACCAUUGUCUGCUUUAAAUCAAAAGGAACACAAUGUUCAGCAGAUCAGGACCUCAAGGAGGAGCAGUCCAGACCUAAAGCAGCUUCAAAACACUACAGUGAUGAUUUUGAAGAUAAUUAUGGUGUCAAGAUUGAAGAUGAAGAGUUUGGAUCAGAUAAUGAAGCCAACAUUGAACAUAUUCUGGAAAAGGAUGAAUUCCUUUGGCGCUUUGGAAGAAUUCCUGUAUGGAGCAGAAUGUGGAAUGCUGGCCAAAGUUGUGCUACUGGACUCACAAGAUUCAACCCUGGAUACACAAAAGUUAUUGCAGUUUGAGGAAGAUAAACCAGCAAACAAAAUUAUAAACGAUGAAAAACAGGCGCAGCAAGGCAUUUCUUUGCAAAUGUCUGGCACAGGUAUUUCCUGCGUACAAACCAACACCAACAGUGACAUGGAAGCCUUACAUCAAGCAUACCACAACAUCGAUCAGUUGUUGGAAGACACAGACCUAGGACACGGAACAUUGCUGCAUGAAAAUGAAAAUAGUAGAGAUUCAAUUCUAGACAGUGUGGACUAUUUUAAAGGGCUAUCAAAGAAUGUUUCUACUGCAGAAUCUGAUCUGCCCACGGUGGAAGAACUAAUGAAGCAUAUUAAUGAAAAAUCUGCAUUUGCAAGAGGAUUUGACUCCCACACAGUGAGUACAAAUGCACAGCAGGGGAUUGAAGCAGUAGAAAUGUUCAGGCAACAGACAUUAAAAGAUCCCAGUAACACUCUUCUUUCUGAAGCACAGCCUGACUCUUAUUAUUCUGAAAGAGAAAACAGGGCCAAAGAAUUAUCUCAACGUUCUUUGGGUGAAAGGACCGAUGGCACGAAAAUAAUUUAUCCUGACAAAGUAGAUGUUAAUAGCAAGCUGUACAAUUCUGUGACCAAACACAACCUCACACCUGCUGUUUCCUCAGUGAUUUGCAGAGAUCUCCAGAAUUCUUCCAAGAAGCCCAAAACCACACAAGGUAGUUUCAAAAAAAUGUACAAUAUGAAGUAUCCAUGUGUGAAAAGUUCAGGGUAUGGCAAAGUCAGUCCUUCAAAGAGAGAAUCCUUCAGUAUUGGUAAUAAAGGUAUUCCUGUGACUCCACCAAAACAACCUGCCAUAAAGAUGGGUACUAAAGGUCGAUCCAAGUCUGAUAUUACAAAAGACAAACCAAAAGAGCAGUUAUUUGCAACCCAGACAAUCAGAACUGGAAAGAGUAAAUUUGACAGGAAUUACCUUGAAAAACAAUUGAUUGCCUCAGCGCAGUUAUUUACAACUUGCCAUGAACAACAGAUGAGCAACAGUACACUACAGCAUACGGAAUUACACCAUGGCCAAAGCAAAGAACAGUUCUCUGCCAGAGAUGAUUUAGAGGUAUCCAAAAGCUUACUGCAGGCUAGCAGUGUAACCAGGGAAAUCCUCCUGCUUCAAAGACUGGAGGAAACAUAUCAAAGAUGGAAUACUGAGCACAACCUGGUUGAGAAGUUAAAGGCAGAAUUGGAACUGAAAGAACAGGAACUUCUCAGGAAAGAUCAAGAAGUACAGCAACUUCCUCAACUAAAGGAGCAGAUGUAUAUACUACAAACAAAGCUGAACACUCUGGAGACCAGUAAGAAAAAAUGGGAGUUCGGGGAAGCCAUGGAGCCUGUUACUGAAGAAAAGCUUAAGUUAAUUGAAAAAGAUAUUCAGGAGCAAGAAACCCUUAUUCAAGGCUACCAUCAGGAAAAUGAAAAGCUUUACAAACGGGUGAAAGAACUUCAGCUCCUCAAUAAAGUGAACAAAGAGAAAAUGUCUGCAGAAAAUCAGCUUUUGAUGGCUGAAGUGGGCCGUCUGAAGGAGCAGUUGAACAAGAGUAAUCAGCAACAACUUGCGGUACAAGAUGUACAUUUACCUGAUCAAAUUAGAAAUCAGAAUUUUACUGAAAUGCUUUCACAGCUGAGAAUAACACAGAAGGAAGGAGUAAAAUUUAUGGAGGAGUUAAAAAAACUUAAGCAAGAAAAGCAGGCAUUAGAGGUGGAUCUAGAACAAAUGAAGAAGGAGCGUGAUAUGGCAAAGGCGCAUGUUAGUUAUAUUUCAGGUGAUAAAGAAUUUGAGAUGAAAAUGAUGCAAGAACAGAACAAGCAAGAAAUCCAUCGUCUCAACAAGAGGUUGCAGUGGUAUGCAGAAAACCAGGAAAUGCUGGAUAAGGAUACAGCGAGGCUUAAAGCAGCAAAUGUAAACAUUGAGGCAUUGAAGGAACAGGUUGAAAAACUUAGAACUGAAACAAGAGACAAAAGUGAUCCACUCCCGAAGAGAGCAAAAGAAAGAGGUUUGGAAGCCAAACGAAUUCAAGACCUUGAACGGCAGGUGAAGGAAAUGGAAGAAAUAAUACGGAGGCGAUAUCCAAAUUCCUUGCCUGCCCUUAUUUAUGCAGCUGCCUCUGUAUCUGGAGCAGAUUGUAAAUCUUCAAGUGAAUAUUCAGUUGCUUUUCUGGAAAAAAGAAUAAAGAAGUUGGAAUCUGAUCUAGAAGGAAAAGAUGAAGAAGCAAAGACAAGUUUAAGAGCAAUGGAGCAGCAAUUUCAAAAAAUUAAGAUUCAGUAUGAAAUGAGAAUCUCAGAGCUGGAACAAUUUUUAGCCCAAAAACUGGCCCAUGAAAGAGAAAACCCAUGUGUCCCUGACCCCAAAAUGAAAUUACUAGAAGAAGAAAUUCACAAGUUAAAAGAGAUCCACAAGUCCAAAGAAAAUCGUCUCAGGAGUGACAUUGAGAUGUUGAAGAAUCAACUCUACCAUGCAGAGCUGAAGUUAAUGGAAAGAGAGGACAAAUCUCUUCGAACAAAUGACCAACACAUACAUGAUCAAGCUAAGAUAGAGAAACUCAACCUAGAAUUGGCUUCUAAAAACCGAGAAAUACAAGAGCUUUCAAAGACUUUAGAACGGCUCCAGCGAGAGAGGAGGAUGCUCCUUCAUGGAGUAACGUUGAGUGAUAAAUGUGAAACCAGGCCAAAGUCAGCCAAGAAGUCCAAGAAGGAUAAAGAAUCCAAUAAGUUUACAACUGACUUCAAAGAACCUUUUCCAGCAACGUUAGAUGAAAAGAUUUAUCGGCCAAACGACUUUGCUGGUUCUCACAUAUCCGAGGUUUUGCAAGAAAAUGAAAUGUUGAAGAGCAAGUUGGAAAGGUUCUCUUUGGAAAUGGACCAGCAAAGAGCAAAACUCCAAUCUGCUGCAGCACAGGCUGAGAGUGAAGUGAGGAGAACACGGGAAAGUGCUUCUGAACAUGUUGCAGCCUUAAAAGCAUCUCAUCAACGAGAACUGGAAAGGAUAUUGACUCAACAUGCAUUGGAACACUCAUCCACCAAAGUGGCUGAAAUGUUAAAUAAAAUCUCCACCCAAGAGGUUAUGCUCAAGCACCUUCGAGAGCAGGUUAAUGAGCUCCAGCAAGACCGGGAGGCUCUUUCUGUUUCAAGACAUCGAGAAGAAAGCUUGCAGACGCAGGUGACUAAGCUCCUGGUAGAACUCAGAGAAGCCAAAGAGAGUCAUACCCCAGAGAUGAGGCACUUCGUGGCCUUGGAGAGAAAAAUUAAGAAGAUGGAACUCAAGCACGCCCAGAGAGAACAAGAGUUCCAGGAGAUAAUUCAGCAAGCUCGACUCAAUGCUGACACUGAACAACUUCAAGAGGUAGAAAAAUGGAAGAAGCUUGCACAGCUUAAAAAUCAAGAACUAGAAAAUUUCCGAGCAGAAUUGGACUCCAUACUGGAUGUUCUUCGUGAGCUUCAGAGACAAGGUGUUGUUAUUCCAGCUCCCAGUUCCACAAGAACUAACCUCUCAACAUUUCCCAGGCAAUUGUAAUAUUGUGCAAACAGCUUAUUAUGUUACAUAGAGGAAAGUGUGACUGAGAUGUACAACCAAAAAUAUUGGAUGUGGCAGCAUUUGAUCAUAAAUGGUUUGUUUCUUUUUUCAGAUGUGAUUGCUAAACAUUUUGAAAAAACAAUGUUAGAACUUUAACUGAUCUUUAAAAAACCUUUAUGACUGCACAUUGACUAAACCUGUUAAGAGGGGCUUAUUUGAUACAGGACAUUUGAUUUGCUUUCUGUUGUAGAACUUAAUGAAACACACAGAGUACAGUGAAUUGCGAAACAACACUGCAAUAAACCUCAGUCAAAUGUUUUAUGUGAUGACCCAUUGCAUUUGAUCAUGACAGCACAUGGAUUGCAGCAACAGCUGUGCUAACACAGCUUUAAACAAAACUAUGUAGAGUGUAUAUAGAGAAUGAGUUUCAGGCAAUAAAAGUCUAAAUGACAUUUCUAACUGUUUCAGCUUUGCUCCAGUAAUUUGACUUCAAAGCGUCCCCUCAACUAUGUUGUAACCUUGUAUGUAACUCAGGUAUAUUUAUUAUUCUCUUUGUAAAACCAAAUCUGUAAAUGGCUGUUUUGACAUACAAAUCUUAAAUCGUUUCUAUGAAAUGUCUUGUUUUUAGAGGUGAGUGUAUUGUAUUGUGUUUGGGUUGUGUAUAAAUUGCAGUAUAAAUGAGGAGCUCAGGCAGGAUGAAUCAUGCAGAAAUUAUGUACCAGCACCGCAUAAACACAACUCAUUGCGUGAAUUGCCCUGGCCUUGCUCCCUCUGCUGCAUUUGAAGAUCUCGGGAGAGCCUAUGAACUUUAAUCAGAUUGUGUACUCACUCUUUAAUAAGGUUCAUAAAAACUGAAUUCCAAGUUUAGGUGCUUGGAAUUUUUUUUAGACCUAAUUCAAUGUGAUGUAGAUCAGGAAAUAUAAUAAUAAUAAUCCUUGCAUUUGAUAUAGCGCUUUUCAC